AUGUACGCUAUGCAGCGGUCAACGACACUACUCUUGGCUCUCUCGCCAUUGCUUACACUCGUCCAAGCAUCCGCCGUGGAUGGUAUCGAGCCUGCAGCUGCUACCGUUCCAAAUACGCCGGCAGCAGGAGCAUCUUUACAGGCAGCGGAGAAACUCCAAUUGACUGAUGAAGUGAUCGAACGCCUGGAAACAGAAGAAGCCACAUCAAACUAUGCCAAAUACUUCAAAUUUGGUGAUAGCGAUGCUCCUGCCUAUUCAGCGUCUUGCAAGACGUUUCCCGGAGACGACGCUUGGCCGAAAGACACCACCUGGCACAUGUUCGACGUGCUCCUCGGCGGAGCAUUGAUCCCAACCAAGCCAAUUGCGGCAUCGUGUUACGACACGAGAUGGGGAAAGAAAGAUGCCGCAGCGUGCUCGGAUGUUAUCAACAAUUUCACAAGUCCGCUUUUCCAUUCUGCUGAUCCCACAUCAAGUAAGCUAUCUCCUUUAACAGACUUCGAGGCGUAG